AUGGUAUCAUUAAGAUUAGAUAAUAAUAGAUAUAUAGCAUUUAAUCAAGAUUAUGGAUGCUUAUGUAUGGCCAAUGAAAAGGGCUUUAAAAUUUACAAUACAAACCCUUUUACGCAAACAUAUAGUAGAGACCUAACGGAUAGAAACAAGAAUGGGUUGUACUUAGCAGAAAUGCUAUACCGAUGUAACAUCCUGGCCAUAAUAGGGAACAAAAAUGAUAAAAAAGGAAAAUGGGCAAAAAAUGUUUUAAUAAUUUGGGAUGAUAGACAAAUGAGAGAAAUAGCAAAAUUAACAUUUUCUUCAAAUAUCAUUGGAGUAAAACUGUUAAGAGAAAUAAUUGUUGUCAUACUAGAAUAUAAAUUAUGCAUAUACAGGUUGAAGGAUAUUAUAUUAUUAGAAACUUUGAAUACAUCAAAAAAUGCAUCUGGUUUAUGCUGUCUAUCCAAUAUUGAUAAAAAUAUUAUUAUAGCAUAUUUAUCACCUAUAAAAGGUAGAGUCAAUAUACAUAUCUUUGAAAUAAAUUCAAGUGAAAAUAUUCAUGAAGAAUUACCAUAUAUAAAUUUUAAGACAAAUUUAAGUAUAUAUGCCCAUGAUAAUUCAGUAGCUUGUAUUAAUUUAAGUAAUGAUGGAAAAUUAUUAGUUACUUCAUCUACAAAAGGAACUAUUAUUCGAUUAUUUAAUACUUUUGAUGGUACCUUGUUAAAUGAAUUUAGAAGAGGUACGAAAAAUGCUAAAAUAUUAUCAUUAAAUAUUAGUGAAGAUAAUAAUUGGCUAUGUUUAACAUCCAGUACAAACACAGUACAUGUAUUUUCUAUAUAUAAAAAAAAAAGAGCAGUGCGAAAAGUUGAUAUAAUAUGUAAAGGGAAAAAUUUAUCUUCUCCUGCUUUAUUAAAUUAUGAAAAAGAAUCCAAAAAUAAAAAAUCAAGUUUAAAAUGUUUAUUACCAUGUCAUCCUUAUUUAAAUAGUGAAUGGAGUUUUGCUACCUACAAAAUACCAGGAAAAAAAAUUUCCUCAAUAUGUGCCUUUGUCAACGAUCAAAAUUGCAUUAUUGUUAUAUGUUCGAAUGGAAUCAUAUAUAAGUUACGUUUUAACGAACAUGUUGGAGGAGACAUGUUUAAAAUUUCCUCCCACAGUUUUGAUUAA